UCCAUACAACUUUGUUGUGUUUGUUGUUUUGCCAUCAUCCUCGCGAAAUUUGUUUAUAAACAAAACUCAAUAAGCCGUAUAAGAUGUCGGCGUCGGCGGAGACCCUAGCGGCAGCAGCAGCAGCACUGGACAAAUAUGGAGAGGAGGAUCUCUUUAGCAUCCUGAUCCGGUAUGGAUUGUAUGUGGGUGCUGUCUUCCAAUUCGUCUGCAUUUCGGCUGCUGUUUUAAUGGCCGGCGAGGAUAGUUCCGAAAGUGGGGAGGUGGAGCGCGAGAAUGAACCUGUGAGAGCUCGUCUACACAAGAUUCGUAAGCUGGAAAAGAAGAAACGCCGCUAGGUCAACCACCAACCUCUCCACUCCAUACACCCAUAGUCGUAAUUAGCUUUUAAGUAUACUCUAAAAUGCAUUUAUUAAAAAUAAAAUAUUUUUAAUUAGUUUUUCUA